AUGGCAGCACCAGCAGAGCAUACCCAAGAGAAAAUCAACAAUAGUCGUGCAAGUGGUGGCACGUCUUCGCAAAAACGGCGACCGCCGAAACUCAGACCACCCAAGCUUGGAAAGGGGCCGAUCUCUGAAGAUAAACAACAAAUUAGACGUGAACAGAGAGAAAAUGGAGAUUCAGAGAGAACAGAAUCCAAUUCUCCACAGAAAACGUCGGACAGCGUCGUCCAAGAGCAAAAUCAGGACAGUACGAACUACGACCAACCUCUCGAGGAAGCGGAGCCAAACCCGCGGCCUGCCAGACAUCGUCAACAUCGAUUGGUUCGUGAGGCGUCGAUGCCAUCCAGCGAGCCCGACAAUCCUGGUAACCCGCAAACACAAACAGACGAAACUCGCGUCCAACAAGUGCUGAGCUCUCCAUCUCAAAACCGAGAGGUUGGACAACUAGGACAUACCGUUCCAGACGCAGAUGGUACAGGUGUUAAUCAAGUGACAGAAACAACUGAAGUGGUGAAAAAAGAAGAAGACGACGACGACGAUCAGCUGAGGCUGAGGCUGGAUCUGAACCUUGACGUCGAAAUUCAAUUAAAAGCCAAGAUUCAAGGGGAUGUGACCCUGCAACUCCUUGUGGAAUUCAUCCACGUUUCCACAGUGCUAGAUUUGGAAUUUCUCAUGUACCCAUGGACCUAG